UAGUCUGGUAAAGCAAACUGAACACAGGGUGUUAAUAGAAAAAGGAUUUUCCUUCAAACAGUUUGAAGAAAAUUGCUCCUGUGUUUCACUAUAUUUGUUAAACUAUUGCAGGUCUUGCGCUGGCACUUGCAACAUUUCCAGCAGGGAGUAAAAGUGUUAACUAGGAAUUUUCACCAUCCUUCCAUGUGUCCAUGUGUUGUUUAUUUUGUUGUCUGGCCUUGCACCGAUUUCAGGUGAAAGUUACAUCAUCAGUCAUCUGGAAAUUAUUUUCAAACUAAAGAAUCUCAGUGACAUUCAGUCAGAGAACAAGUUCGGUCAUGUGGCGGCCGUGCCUGGCCUCCAUCCAGAUCUGAUCCCCUGGUUGGUUGCAUCACUUCAUAUGAAAAAAAGAGAAUGCCUUAAAAGGUUGACAGAGGAAAACAGAGACACAGACAGAAGGGGAAAGUAACUGAGGACGGAGGCUGGGGCAUUUCCUGUAAUUAUAUCAUGAAGGCAGCGUUGUCCUCCCCUUCCUGUUUUCUCUCAUGUCUCAGACACAGUCCAGGUGACAUGAACAGUGAGCACGGUGGAUCUCUAUCAUUGCAGGCACAGGGACGUCACGCCGCUUUGUCCAAGCCUCAAACCCUCUGCAGGAUGUCUGAGGGAGACGUUACAGUGCUGCCAUUUGGACCUGCGUCUCUGGAUCUGUCCAGGCAGGAGCAACCGACACUGACCAGGCUCUACAGCCAGAACGGAGGAUAUCACCUGAGGAUUUUACCAGAUGGAACUGUGAAUGGCGGAAGGCAGGAGAAUGACCCAUAUGACGUCCUCAGGCUGAAGGCUGUGAGUAUAGGAGUGGUAGUCAUCAAGGGUGAGGCGACAGGAAGGUACCUGGCCAUGAACAAAAAUGGACGCCUCUAUGGAUCGCAAGCACUGAAUGAUGAGUGUUACUUCCUGGAGAAGUAUGAAGAAAACCACUACAACACGUAUCGCUCUCAGAAGUACAGCUGGUAUGUUGCGCUGAAGAGGAACGGCCAACCCAAAGCAGGACCAGACACCCACCAGGGUCAGAAAGCCGUCUUUUUCCUGCCAAGGCCUGCAGGCAACAUGUAAAGCAAGACGGCACCAGGAAACAUGGACAUGCUCAUUGAAGUCUUUAAAUGCACAUUACUAGUGAAAUGUUACGCUGGGCAAAGUAUCCUAUUUAAAGGUCACUUAAAAUGAAUACGAUAGGCUGGGGAAGCCAGAGGCAAAUACAUAACACUAUUGUUACAGUUAGUUCAGACUCUUUUUCAUUGAUUAUACGGGAGAAUAUGUGAUCAGGCUAUUCCUGCUCAUGUUACUAGCUUAUACAUGUUAUCACAUGGAUCUGAGCUGAUAGAGUUCUUUCUGUGUAUAGUGACAUGUACUGUAAAGCCUCUCACAGCAGACAGAAAAUGUGUGCGGUAUCAGUGCAUGUCAGUCUUGAUAAAUGAGUGUUCACUUUGAACCCUGGUAUGAAAUACCACUGCUGGAAGACAGCAAUGAGCCGCUUUUACAAAGAAAUAGUUUCACAAUUGAUCACGUCUGGCACAAAGGAAACCAAUGAAGCAGGAAAAAUAAAAAUGUCAACCAUCUGGCUUUGAAUUCAAACUCGAGCAAACAAAGUUUUUUUUAAAGUCGUGGAAUAAUUGUUUUCCAUAAUUGUAUUCCAGUUGCUUAACAGUUCUUCAGUGGGCUGGAUGUUUGCUCAGUUAUGAAUGAUCUUACUAGUAACUACUUUUAAUUUGCUAAUGUUUAAUUUCUGUAACCACUUCUGGUCAGAAUUUUCAAAGGCUCACUUUUGGGAAGCAGUAAAUGUCUUCACACAAUAUUAGAAACCUAUGCUAGAGAUAAAACAGACUAAAAUGUAAACAAUCAAAGUCUCAUCAUAAGCACUGUAGGUUUAAAGUUUACCUUAAGUUUUGACUUCAGGUCAAGGGAUAGAAUAAAUAUGAUAUAGUCUUUCUGAUAAAAUGCUGCUUUAGAAAACAGCAGCAACCUUGUUUAUGAUAGGGUUAGCCAUGACAACAGGAAAAUAUUUGUAUGAUUAUAUCAUUAUAUUGUAUCAUCAUAUUGCUAUUAUGUGCCUCGGUCAGCUGACAGUCGAAUGUGACAACUUUGUCUCAGUAAUCAGUGAAGCUGAUAUAUAGCUGUAUGUUAAGGAAAAGAAGGAACCAAAGCAGAUUUAACAUCAUUGUGCCACCAAAUGCUCAAGUGUGGAUUAUUUGUUUUUGCUUAUACAGAGUCAAAGACGGACCAAAUGUUGACCUUUCUGUGCUAAUCAACAGAAGUUACACACACAGUUUUUCACUAGACAUCAUGGUUCAGCAGAAGUUUCUGCAAACUUAUUCCUUUAUCUUUUUGUUGAAGCACAUUUUACUGUAAUGUAACACUAAAAUAAAUUACUAUUGUGAAUAUUUAUUUAUAUAUAUAUAUUUUGCUAAUGCUAAAAUUUAAUCUCACUGAACAUUGCGAUGGAUAUUUUCAAAAUAAUUUAUACAUAUAUAUAAUGAAGAAGAAAAAAGGUCAUGUGAUCACUUUUUCACAAAGUAAUACAUAUUGUAUUAAAUGUAUUUAAAUGUUUGAAGUAAAAUCAGAAUUAUUAUCCAUGAUAAUAAAUACAUACAAAUAAACUUUAAAAUAAAUAACA